AUGGUUGUCAAACAGAUUCACAACAAGCAGGAGUGGGACGCCCUCGUUGCUGAGGGAAAGCCCGUCCUCGUCGACUUCUUCGCCGUGUGGUGCGGACCUUGCAGGGUGAUCUCCCCCGUCUUUGAGAGGUUUUCUGAUGACGCGACCUUCGCGGGACUCAACUUCGCCAAGAUCGACGUCGACGAGGCCUCCGACCUCGCUCAAGAGUUCGGCAUCACUGCCAUGCCAACCUUCAUCCUCGUCAAGAACGGCGUCAAGGAGGGCGAAGUCCGCGGGGCUAACCCUCCCGCCCUUCAGGCCCUCGUCCAGAAGGGCGCCGCCUAA